AUGGACGUCCGGGUACGUCUAGUGUUCGUGGAUGAGGUGGGGUGUCAUGUCCAGCGCCAUCGUGGGUUCUCUUCUUGUUGGUAUCUGAUUCCAAAAGAGGUAAAGCUCGUGGGUGACUUGACGCACGUGUUACUGCGGGAGUUUGGGCUUUCUACGAGUUGUCCAAAGGGAUUGGAGCUGUAUCUGGAUGAGCUGCGGGUCUUAGCGACACAAAGUAUCCGUAUUGUGCGAGAUAAUGACACAAUUGUUGUCCAAUGUCCUUUAUCUGAUAAAGAACAAGGUGAUGAUGGGUCUGAGACGUCGACUUUGAAACGUAAAGCCGAGAAGUUGACGCUGCGAAAGCGAAAAACACGUGGGAAGAAGGAGGAGAAGGAACCAUGUAAGAAGAAAGUCAAGGUAGUAAAGGAUGGGCUGAAGGUGUUGAAGGAGAAGCUGAAAGACGAAGUGAAGAAGAGUGGAAAGAGCAAAGCAGUGACGCUUCUUAGGUCGAAGAAGAACACUGUAAGUAGCAGCAGUGAGAGUGCUAGCUCGAGUUCGAGUUGUAGUGAAAGCAGCAGCAGCGAGUCGGAGGAUAAAUCUCCUGCUCAAUGCAACCGGAAAAAAGUGGUGCAGGUGACUACAAUAAAGAAGCAGCUACUAGACAAACGCAAAGAUGCUGCUACUACGUGUAGGAAAAAGCUUGGCUGUAAUGAAGUUGCAAGCAAGACAAACGCUAUCUUGGAAAAAAGUGAAACAAAACCACGUAGGAGACGACGGCGACGAUUGCGACAGCGAAGUGGAGGACGACAAAGAAAUAGCAACCAGACCAGCUCUGCAGACAACUCUGCGAGCGCUGCACUAUCGACUGGUGACAAGGAUACUGCUUCGCAAGAGCAAGUGGUGACUACUCCGCAGCUACUAAAGCAAACUUCAUCUACAGAAAGACAAAACAGUAUUGACAGUGCUGGCGCUAAAGGCAAGCGUUGUGGUAAAACGCACGUCCUUUUUGAUGAGGAAACUGGAGAUCAGGUGGAAGUAAAACACGAUGAGCAUCGGUAUGAUGCUAGAGAAAGCGUCGAACCUACUCAACGUUCUCCGGCACCCGAACUGGCAAAGUAUGGCCCUUCGUCUUCCAUCAAGCAGUGUUCAAGAAUUUUACGCGACAAUCGAGGCAGAUUGGUUGAUGGAGGUGAAGAAGUCAACGUGGACAACAAUGUCCCCAAACGAGAGGAAAAAGGUAAAUACGUAGAAAGGUGGAAACGACCGUACAAAAUCGUCGCUACUGUACUCGACAAGAAGUCGGAAAUGUCGGCCUCGUUGACAACGGAUCUGACCAAGUUGUUGAGUAUGUAUCCAACCGCCCCUGCAACUUUGUUCGACUUUGUUUUGAAGGAUGUUAUUGCUUUUAAGACGCUUACGCUGUGCCUCGAAACGUGGCAGCCUGUGCUGAGCGAGUGGCAAUGCGGUCAAGUGCAGUCCGUGGAUACAUCAGGAAAUGCCAUUCUAUUGUCGAAAUGGAUGCUUGCAGCCAACGAGGAUUCCAUAGACUUUCGUGAGGCACGUGAUGCUGAACAGUACAGUGUACAGACCAGCGAGAUCAGUGAAUUGCGAUUUUUGAGCGGAUCCAGCUACACGACCCUGCAGCAAACUGAGGAACAGGACGCAAAGUAG